AUGAGCCAUUCUUUAGAAAUCAACCAGCAAACAAGAUAUGUCCUAAAUAAUGGGAAGCAAAUUCCGGUUACAGGCUACGGCGUGUAUGAUGUGUCCCAGGAAGAGACGGCUGAAUUAGUCUUUCAAGCUUUGCAAGCUGGAUACAGGCAUGUUGACACAGCAGUUGUGUACGGCAACCAAGUUGAAGUUGCCAAGGGAAUCGCAAGAUUUCUAAAGGAGACGGGUUCAUCGAGAGAGGAAAUUUUUUUCACUACAAAGCUUUGGAAUACACAACAAGGUUACGAGGAAACCAAACGUGCGCUAUCUGAAAUCAAUGCAGAUAUCGCUCCAUAUAUUAAAUACGUGGAUUUGCUUUUGCUCCACUCUCCUCUAACAUCGCGUGAAAAGAGACUGGGUACCUGGAAAGCUCUAGAAGAGGCUGUUUUGAAUCCCAACGAAGCAUCCUUGAAAAUUCAGUCUAUUGGGGUCUCGAACUUCGGGAUCGAGCACCUUGAAGAACUGCUUGCUCAAGCUACCAUCAAACCAGCAGUGAAUCAACUCGAAUUACAUCCUUGGCUACCACGUCUAGAGCUUAGGGAGUAUCUCGGACGCCAUAACAUUUUAGCGGAAGCGUAUUCCCCCCUAACUCAGGGCUACAAACUGAACGAGCCUGAACUUCUCGAACUGGAGAAGGAGAGUGGUGUCAGCAAGAUAGAACUACUGUUGAAGUGGUCAUUUCUGCAAGGAUUCGUUGUUCUUGCAAAGAGUAAUAAAUCGGAAAGAAUCAAGCAAAAUCUGGCUGUAUUGCCAAAAUCCACAGGAUCCAUCUCGCUGACUGAACGCGAAUGGAAGGCUCUCGACAAACUAGCCUCCCACGAUGUUGUUACUUGGGGAAACGCCGAUCCUACAGUGUAUAAAUCUUAA